UUACUGGACUCGAAACGCUCGAACGCCAUCAACAUCUCCCUCACCACCCUCCCUCAUAUCUCCCUCAUCAAGACGGCCGUCAUGAACAUGGAUCAAUCCAUUAUGAAUAAGGAAGCUGUCGAGAAAAUCUUGAAUCAUCUGCUACCAACGGAGGAAGAACGAACAAAAUUGAUUGAAGCCCAGUUGAACAACCCUGAUGUGCCACUGGGCACAGCCGAACAGUUCCUAAUCACCAUAUCAAACAUCAGUGAAGUUAGGUGCCGGCUUCAACUCUGGUUGUUUCUACUCGAGUUUGAGUCUAUAGAAAAUGUUGGAUGUAAAUGUUUUAAAUUUUUGCUACACCCAGCAAACAAUCUCGAUGGUUUAUCGGAUCUGAAAGAGAGUAUGAAACAGGUAAGAACGUGCAAAACACUGAAAUAUGCACUGACAGUUCUACUGGCGGUCGGGAACUGUCUUAACAACAACCAAACGAAAGGCUUUACAUUGGAUUUCCUGUCAAAAGUGAACGAGAUUAAAGACAGCAUAAGAAGAAGAUCUCUACUCCAGCAUCUCGUUUCAUUCGUUGUCGGGAUGUUUCCGGAAGGUACUGAUGUGUAUUCCGAGGUUCCCGCCGUCACGAGAUGUUCUAGGAUUGAUUGGGAUGAGUUGGAUGAGAAGUUGAAGAGGCUGGAGGUUGGGUGCAAGUCAUCGUGGGACCACGUCAGGACCAUCGUCAAACAUGACAACAAUCUCAACCUCAAGAAAAAACUAUCAAACGUCUUGUGUGAUUAUGCCGAACGGACAAUUCUAAUGAAAAUCAUUCACAAGCGUGUCAUGAACAGAUUUCGGGAAUUCGUACUCUACAUGGGAUAUGCAGCGAAAGAAGCCAGAGAAAUUAAAAUCAACGAAUUCUACAAACUCUUUUCUGAAUUUUCUCUGGAAUGGCGGACAACUCGACUGAAAGUUCUUCACAACAGGAAGAAGAAGGAAGCUGAGAAGGCUCGU